UGACAACUUUUGCUAUGUUGUGUAUCGCAACGCUAGCCCGCUGUGGUUGGAUAUGGCGGCGCUGAUUAGAGGACUGAGAGCUGGAAGGGCCUUGCGGGGUCUCGGCGGCGUUGCAGUUCAAGGCACACGCAGUACCCAGUGCAGCAAUGUGAGACGUGGAUUCCAUCGUGCCGCCCUGUUACGACUGGCCAGUGACUCUAAAAGUGACACAUCUGUGCCACCUCCAUCCUACCAUGAGGUUCACACAGCCGGAGAAAGCUCAUCCUCUUCAGCACAGGGAGAAUCUUCAGAAGAUGCCCAGCCAAACACCAGUUUUCAAGAUCAGAGUGGUGAACACAGUGAAGACUAUGAGACGGAAGAGCAGCUCCAAGUUCGCAUCCUGACUGCGGCUCUAGAGUUCGUUCCACAGCACGGCUGGAAUAUGGAGGCCAUCACAGCUGGAGCAGAGACUCUUGGCCUGUCAUCAGCUUCCACUGGGAUGUUCAACAAUGGAGCUGGAGACUUGGUCCUGCAUUUCGUUGCGCAGUGUAACGCUCAACUUACUGAGACACUCGCAGAGCAAAAUAACCAGGUCCAGCUUGGCCAGGCAGAAUCAAAGAAAACAGGCGAGUUUCUGAAAGAUGCUGUGGAGAUGAGACUGCGGAUGUUGGUUCCUUAUAUUGACACAUGGCCUCAGGCCAUGAGCAUCCUGCUACUGCCCCACAACAUCCCCGACAGCCUGAAGCACCUGUCCACGAUGGUGGAUGACAUCUGGUACUAUGCAGGGGAUCGCUCGACGGACGUCAACUGGUACACACGGCGGGCCGCACUGACAGGGAUCUAUAACACCACAGAGCUGGUGAUGGUGCAGGACUCCUCUCCUGACUUUGAAGAGACAUGGGCCUUCCUCGACAAUCGCAUAAAGGACGUAGUUAACAUGGCAAACACGGCUAAACAGGUGCAAGCCACAGGAGAAGCCGUGGUUCAAGGACUUAUGGGAGCCGCAAUUACGCUGAAGAACCUAACAGGGAUGAACCAGAGACGAUGAGUUUCUUCUGAUGCGCCUGCCUUCGUUUGGUCAUGUUUUACUUAUCGACUCCUCGGUUAUGCAGCACAAAUGUCUGAUACUUCACUCACCCGCUCU